GCGCAGCAUGAACUGGUCACAUGACUGUGGUUCACUUACAGGUUUAUCAGCACUGAGGUUUUUCCCCUCAGACACACACACAGUAGGGUACAGGCUGUGUACAGUAACCAUACCAGCCUGUAGUUUGUCCUAGUUUGAAAGCUGCUUUUCAGAGUCAACCAGCUGUCUCCUGCUCCGUGUCGAAGAUGACUUGGUCAGGUUUAGUUGUCGUUGUUCUUUCAGUCAUCCUGUCCGGUGUGUCUGCUGGAGUGUUUUUCACCCCAAAACAUCCGUGCUAUGUCCGCUCACCGAGGAGAGAGAACUUUGGACUGAAGACAGGUCCUCGUCCUCAUGAGUAUUUAAACGUUUCUGAUAUGCCAAAAUCUUGGGACUGGAGGAACAUCGAUGGAGUCAACUAUGUGAGCACGACCCGCAACCAGCACAUUCCCCAGUACUGUGGCUCCUGCUGGGCCCACGGCAGCACCAGCGCCAUGGCAGACCGCAUCAACAUAAAACGGAAAGCAGCUUGGCCUUCUUCUUAUCUCUCUGUCCAACACGUGAUCGACUGUGGUGAUGCCGGCAGUUGCCAUGGAGGGGACCACAGCGGAGUUUGGGAAUACGCUAACACACAUGGGAUCCCAGACGAGACCUGCAACAACUACCAGGCUAAAGACCAGAAUUGUAAACCCUUCAAUGCAUGUGGAACCUGCACCACCUUUGGAGUGUGCAAUAUUGUGAAGAACUACACCCUGUGGAAAGUGGGAGACUACGGAUCAAUCAGCGGAAGGGACAAGAUGAUGGCAGAGAUCUACGCUAGAGGGCCCAUCAGCUGUGGGAUUAUGGCCACUGAUAAACUGGAUGCCUACACUGGAGGUGUCUACUCUGAAUAUAGCGCAGAUCCUGGCAUCAACCACAUCGUGUCGGUGGCAGGGUGGGGAGUGGAGGGAGGUGUUGAGUACUGGAUUGUUCGUAACUCAUGGGGAGAGCCAUGGGGUGAGAAAGGCUGGCUCAGGAUUGUGACCAGCGCCUACAAGGGAGGAAGUGGCAGCACAUACAACCUGGCAGUGGAGGAGGACUGCAUGUACGGAGACCCAAUCGUCCCCAAAUCCUACGUGUAGAGACCAACCACGACAGUGUGAGGGAGUCAUCACUGUGCCCUCUCAUGUGUCUUUUAUCUCAGGCAAAGAGGGACAAUUUUAAUGCAAAUUGGUAGAAAGGGAAUUAAUUAAGAUUCUUCUUUAUAGGGAUGUUUUUUUUUUAUUUUGCAGCCUGGUUAUCAGACAGGUGUUCUGAUUUUUACCUCACUGAAGGCUGUUUAACAGUCAGAAACUUGUUCAAGGAGUGAUUGGGGCAAGUAUCUUCUGUCCUACUGCUAAUUUUAGCACUGAAGGCUUAAAAGCUGUUAGAUAGAGAAACAAAAAUGCUUCAUAUCUUGUGAUUAAGAGGGGAAAGGGCGUUUCAUUGACACAUGCAAACUCAGCCAAAGACAACUGUGUUUAUAUUUUUCUCUGCGCUAAGACACUGAAUGUUUUCAGUGUUUGGGGUAGAUGAUUAAAAACUAUUGCACUAUGCCAUGUUCUACGAAAUGUAUUAAAAAACAGGAAAUAGUCUACUUUAAGUGUGCCUUACAUGACUUUCAGUGAAUUAUGUUGCUGUUUUUGUUUUUCAAACUUUGCCAAUAAACACAACACUUUCAUUAAUUCUCCACACA